CCUGCGCAGUGCGGCGGCGGGGCGGGCGCCCGGCGCAGGGCCGGUGCGGCUGCGGCUGCGAGCACCAUGGCGGAGGAGGUGAGCCCCCUGAUGAAGGCCACGGUGCUGAUGCGGCAGCCCGGGCGGGUGCAGGAGAUCGUGGGCGCCCUCCGCAGGGGCGGGCGAGACCGCCUACAGGUCAUUUCUGAUUUUGACAGGACCUUGAGCAGGUUUGCCUAUAAUGGAAAGCCAUGCCCUUCUUCCUACAAUAUCCUGGAUAACAGCAAGAUCAUCAGUGAGGAGUGCCGGGAGAAGCUGAAAGCGCUGCUUCACCAGUAUUACCCAAUUGAGAUUGACCCACGCCGGACCGCCCAAGAGAAGUCACCUCAUAUGGUGGAGUGGUGGACCAAAGCACACGACCUCCUGUGUCAGCAGAAGAUUCAGAAGUCGCAGAUAGCCCAGGUGGUCAGAGAGUCCAACGCAAUGCUUAGGGAGGGAUACAAGGCGUUCUUCAACACCCUCUACCAAAAUAACAUCCCCCUCUUCAUCUUUUCCGCGGGCAUUGGUGAUAUCCUGGAGGAAAUUAUCCGGCAGAUGAAAGUGUUUCACCCCAACAUCCACAUUGUGUCUAACUACAUGGAUUUUGACGAAGAUGGUUUCCUACAGGGAUUCAAGGGCCAGCUCAUACACACAUACAACAAGAACAGCUCCGUGUGCAAGGACUCCAGUUACUUCCAGCAGCUGCAGGGCAAAACCAACGUCGUCCUGCUGGGGGACACCAUGGGGGACCUCACCAUGGCCGACGGGGUCCCGGGUGUGGAGAACAUUCUGAAGAUCGGCUUCCUGAAUGACAAGGUGCCUGAGAGGCAGCGGCAGUGGGCAGAAGGCGGGGCGUUUCAGGGACCCUCGUCUCCCCUCCCCGGCAGGUGGAGGAGCAGCGGGAGCGCUACAUGGCCUCCUAUGACAUUGUGCUGGAGAAGGACGAGACGCUGGACGUGGUCAACGGGCUGCUGCAGCACAUCCUGCACCAGGGGGACUGGGUGGAGAUGCAGGGCUCCUGAGUGCGCAGGCGCGGCCUGUCUGCAGGCGGAGACACGGAGGGGGCCUCCGUGGGGGCUGCUCUGCGGUGAGCCUGGUGUGUACAGAGGGCAGCUCAGGGCGCCCACAAGCUGCUGGGUCCUCGCCCUUCCCUCCCCUUUCCCUGGCACAUUCCUGUGAGUCCUCCAAGGCCGGAGGGAGGCCCUGGCAGGUGGGAGGCAGCUAAAGCCACUUCCAGCAGCUUCAGGGCAAAACCAGCCUGAAUCGGACCUGCAGGCUGUUUGCAUUCCGGGCGUCAUUUGGUCCAGGAUUCGCUUUUUGGUGUUUUUUUCACAAAUGUUUAACAUGGGAUGCUGUUCUUCAAACAAAUCGAAUGUGUAAAGUAGAUAAAAAUAAAAGGAGAAACCAGA